AGCAACCAUGUGGUUAAUUGUGUUAUUUAUUGGCAAAAUGGCAAUAAUUCUGACAUUAUCGUUCCACUAUCGCUGCUCAGAUUGCAGUAGGUUAUUUUCUUACCACCAGGGGGCAGCACAGACCACCCUUUAUUCUUUAUCAACAAUUAAAACUUAGAUCAUGCUGCUUUGUGCCUGUCUGGGUGGCGGGACUUUAUCGCCUCCUCGCAACGUGUCUAUAAUUGUAGCUUUAUUGGUUUAAAAUAAGCUGCCUAACUUACUAGCUUUACACUUUGGUUUUCGGGCAGGCUGAGAAGUGGUAUGAAAUCUUUAAGAAACAGGUUCCAGUCCAUUUAUUCGUCCUUAAACCGCUAACCUGCAACUUCCUGCUUUCGUAUUUACCGUCACCACAGGGGGUUAGGAAAAACGAAAGCAUUUACUGCUUUCGAAGAAGCACGCAAGACGAAGGACGAGCUUUGAGGUUCUCAUUCUAGCGCAGAAAUGUCGGCCAGAGACGCGCUUAGGCGCAACAAAACCAAACUCCUGGACGUCUUAUGUGGAGACCGCAUUCUUAUCCUGCAGAAAGUCUUUGAGGAGAAUCUGAUCACUCUGAGGGAUUACAACAACCUGAAGGGAAUCAACAAGGAGAACGAUGAGGGCCACGUUGUGGAGCUUGUGGACAAGAUCAUGAAUAAAGGAGAAGAAACCUGCCAACUCUUCUUAAACCUCCUGCAGACAGAUGCGGACAUUAAAACGACUUAUCCCGAUCUGAGGAACAUGCAGUUCAGUGACGUCAGAAUAACCGAGCCGGUCCAGGCUAGCUCACCUUGUUCAGGUGACUCGGGGCCAGAGAAUAAAAGGCUGAAGACAGAAGACGAGUGUUAUGAACUAAAAAGCCAGCCUGUUGGUCUCUGCCUGAUUAUAAACAACGAGGAAGUCAUUGGCGGCAAACCGAGAAGCGGGACGGACAAAGAUGCCGAAAGCCUGGCAAAGGUGUUCAGCUGGCUGGGCUUCAGAGUGCUGAUGUGCAAAGACCAAACCAGGGACCAGAUGAAACAAACACUGGAGAGAUUUGCGUCGCUUCGUGACGCCGACCAGCUGCAGGAGUCGAGCUUGCAGGAAUGGUUUGGUUGCUCUUUCAUUGCUCCCCAGCAGCUUCUUAAGCAUGGCGAUGCAUUCGUCUGCUGCAUUCUGAGCCACGGAGCGCGGGGUGUGGUUUUGGGGAUUGACUCAAAGCCUCUUGCCAUUAAAGAGAUAACAAGAUAUUUUAAUGCCACUGGACAGUCAGCCCUCACUGGCAAACCCAAGGUGUUCCUGAUCCAGGCCUGCCAAGGAGGCGAAAUCCAGCGAGGGGUUCUGCUGCAAGAUGUGGAGGAGGAUAGCUUGUCCAUUCCGGUGGAAACCGAUGUUCUCGUUGCUGUUGCCACCGUUGAAGAUCAUAGAGCUUUUAGACACACAACAGAAGGAAGCUGGUUUGUCCAGUCUGUGUGUGAGCAGCUAGAGGAGCACUGUCCUAGGGGUGAGGACAUCACUUCCAUCCUCCACCGUGUAAAUGAUCAAGUAGGCCAAAAAGAGGCUUCCAUCUAUGUUGGAGGAGCAAAGCAGGCGCCUGAAGUGAGGUUCACGCUGAGGAAGAAACUUGUGCUGUCGCCACCUUCCAUGUGAAGCAACAAAGCUCCUGCAAAUAGCGCGUCUCUACUUUUUGAUACUAUAUUUUCUAAUCUAUUUUUACUUUGAGUCACAUUUUUUAAAAUUUUCUACCAAUUUAGCAAAUAAAGUGAGAAGUGCGGUCAGUGCUGGUAUGUGUCGGGUUUAAUUUUCAUCUGCUGUCUUUGCAUGUCAAAUACAUAUCUGCUCCUCAUAUCAAACC